AUGGACGAGGGAUAUGGUGUUGAUGCUCGGGUCUUGUCGACUCCCAUCACCGACCUAGGGACCCAUCAGGAGAAGUCCGAUAAGAAUGGUGGGAAGGUUUGGUUGAGGUUAGAAGAAUUUUCUAAUGAAGUUUUAGGUGUUUUAGCAUUCGAUGAAGUUAAUUUGAAAUGCCAAGAUGGUUCAGGUGAACUUUUGGUUAUAGAAUUUGACAAGAUGGAUAGGAUAGAAGAUCUCAAGACGAAGUUACUAAAAAAAGCACACAACAUAAACAAGGCAAAGGACCAUAAAAAUAAUGAUAUUUCAAUAGGUUUUUACUGUAAAUGUGGUGAUAAUAUCAUAUCUACUGGUUCCGGUUUGUCUUCGGGUGUUGAUGGACCAAUUACACCUCUGUCUUCACGAGGCCACCAAGGUGAUGGGAAUUUCCAUCCUACUAGCGCGGCACAUAUUGGAGUAUUGCCAGGAACUAUGAAUAAUGAAGAAGUAAUAUAUCACUCAGACUCUCCUGGUACUGGAGAUAGUGAAGCUUUAGAAGGGGAACCGGAUAUAACUGAAUCUAUGCUGUCGCAGAGUUUGCAGUACAUAACACUGAACGAUGAUGUUAAUAAUGGUAUCCAUAUGCAGCUUGAACCGUAUACGUUAGAAAGAGAAAAGGAAACUAAAUACCCGGGUUUGAAAAGUGACCUCGGUGAAGAAGAUAAUGUGCAUUUGGAAACAGGAGAUACGACGUGCGAGUACAUAGAUCAGCAACCGCAACGGACGGUAAAACACAAGGUUGCUUUAAACCCGCAGGAGUUGGUAUGUAACGUCGCUCAAAAUUAUUUUGGAGAGUGUCAGAACAGUAGCGAAGCGUUGGUUGUCUUUCUUGGCAGUGGAAUCCCGCCUGCGAAAACCGCAUCGUCAGAUACCAACGUAUCUUCGGAUAAUGAACGAUUAAUUUAUCAUACUCCUAUUCCUUUGGAUACAACAGGAUCUAUAUAUUCUAAUCCUGAUCGUAUUGUACUUGAUUCUCUUCGGACGUCCCUGCAUUUCCAGCAGCCUCAAACGCCAGUACAGACUGUCCCUAUUCCUGACUAUAUUGAUAGUUUGCCUUCUCCUAGUGACAUUAUUCAAUACUCUGGUUCAAAGAAAGCGUUUUUGUUACUACCUAGAGCAACAUGCAAUGAGUAUAAAAACCACUAUGAUAAUAGUUACCCAAAACACAUAUCCUUAUCCCUCCCUUCUCCUUCCAAUGACUAUAAACAGAGAACCAUAUCUAACGCUGACCGUUUAGAUUCUCAGAGUAAAAUUUUAGAAUCACCGGCAAUAUCUCCUAAGGCCAUAUCGUUGAAUGAUGCACCGAAUUCCAAACCCUGCUAUCACACACGAGACAAGGUUUUUCCUAAGAUCAAGGUGCUGAUUGUUGAAGAUAAUAUAAUUAAUCAAGCAAUUUUGUCUUCCUUUCUAAGGAAAAAUAAUAUCACAUACGAGGUGGCAAGCAAUGGAAUAGAUGCCGUUGGACGCUGGAAAGAGGGUGGAAUCCAUUUGAUCCUGAUGGACUUACAAUUGCCAUUGAUGACAGGCUUAGAGGCCACUAAACAGAUACGAGAUCUUGAAAAGAUUAAUGGAAUCAGUAACUUCAGAAUAUCCAAUGCUUCGAGACAACGUAAUCACGAUGGAGAUCUGGACAACUCAAAAAUUCGAUCGCCCGUGAUUAUAGUUGCAUUAACAGCAUAUUCUGCAUACGCCGACAGGAAGGAGGCUUUACUGGCUGGCUGUAAUGAUUACCUUACUAAACCAGUAAACCUCGACUGGCUCAGCAGAAAAAUAAACGAAUGGGGAUGUAUACAAGCAUUGAUUGACUUUGAUGGAUGGACCAAAGGUGAGAGUCGUAUGACGGAUAAUGUUAUAUUAAGGCCAUAA